AGUUCAAUUAUCGGUUAAUUAAAACUCCAAUUAAGACACUCGAGGAGACCUCGGUGCCACGGGGAGGUGUUCUUUCUUAGUUAAAAGCGUCCGCGGGGUUUGUGCGCACUCUUGCCGGGAUGAUCCGGACCAGUUGAACCGGUUCUGGUCGGAGAGUCCUUCCUGCUGAGGAGGCGACUACUUUCCUCCCCUACGCCCCAAAAUCAAAAACAACCACCACACUUUGUCCGACGUUAUUAAAGCCGCUCGUCUACAAUAAGCACUCCACCGCGGACGGCGAUACGUUCAGCUCCGAGUCGCCUGUGAAGAGGAACCACAUCCCCGGGGUGUUUUUACCAGGCGACACCGAGGAGGUUUGAGGAAGGCCGCGGCCGGAGACGCGCCUCCGUCCGGGGAGGGCGCACGACCACGAGCCGACGUCCACGGCCGCUUUUAUUGUUUCUUUACUUCUGAUUUUAUUCCGUGUCAUUACCGGUGUUAUACUUAAAUAUAAAACAAAGCGAGGGCCGUGAUUUCCUUCUCCCCGGGGACCAUGCGAGGAACUCGGAUCUUCGCGGAGGAAUGCGUCUCCUUCUCCCGGAGUUAGCUCCGCCGCGGCCCCAUGUAAGACCCCGACCCGGGCUUUGUCUUAUCCGGCUUUCACGACACGGAGAGGGGCAGGGCCAACAAUAACAACAUGCUCCUGGCCUCCGCCGUGGUGGUGUGGGAAUGGCUCAACGAACACGGCCGGUGGCGGCCCUACAGCCCCGCCGUGUCCCACCAGAUAGAGGCGGCCAUCCGGAGCAGCGACCCCCGAGGAGGGAGCGUGGUCCUCGGCCAGGUGGACAGCCGGCUCUCUCCCUACAUCAUAGACCUCCAGUCCAUGCACCAGUUCAGACAGGACACAGGUACCAUCCGACCGGUGCGGAGGAGCUUUUAUGACCCGACCUCGGCCCCGGGUCAGGGCUGGCAGUGGGAGUGGGAAAACGACGCGGGGACGUGGACGCCGUACGACAUGGAGGUGGCCAUCGCCGUUGAGAGCGCCCACAGCCGGCAGCAGCCCUGCCUCGACCUGACGCCGCUCGGCUUCUGCUACCUCAUCGACUUCCAGAACAUGACGCAGGUGAACAGACAGAGCCAGAGGUGUCGGAGGAUCCAGAGGCGCUCGGACCUGGCCUACCCACUGGUAUCCGGCCCCCUCCCUGUCCCCAAAGGAGGGGGUGUGGGAGGAGGAGGGGGAGGGCUAACAGGAGCCCUGCUAGGCGUAGGGGUAUCGGGGGCCGGCAUGGGGAUCGGAAACUCCGUCUACCCCAACGGAGGCGUAGCGGCGUCCGGCCUGGCCCAGCCGUGCUCCUGCCAGCAGUGCAUGCUGGUCCUGAGCGUGAAGACCAACCCAGGAGGGGCGGGGGUCCAGACCCUGGGCCGGCGCUCUCUGACCAUGCAGCGGCCCAAGAACUCGACGCCGGCGGCCUCCAAACCUCUGAGCCCGUCCAAGUCGGCCACUCUGGGCCGAGGCCAGCAGCAGAGCUCCAGCUACUACCAGACGCUGCCUCACGGCCUCGCCAUCUCCAGGAACAACGCCUCCCCGAGGAGGAACGCCCAGCUCUUCGCCCAGUCGCUCGCCGCCCUCACCGCCGGGGCCUCCUCCCUGGGCCUCUCCUCGUCUUCCAGCAGGCCUCCUCCGCCGUCCCUCCCGCCGCCCCAGCCCCCCACGUCCCACCCCGGUACGAACCCUCCGUCCCUCCCGGCCAAGCAGUCGUCCUCCUCCUCGUCCUCCUCGUCCUCCUCGUCCUCGUCCUCGGCCAACGAGCCGGUGCCGACCGCCACGCUGAUCACCCCCGCCAGCAGCGUGACCACGCCCCCGUCUCCGGUGCCGUCUCCGUCGCCCGUGGUGAUGAAGCCGCAGCGGACGCCGUCGUCCGCGGCGACCGUGUGCCACGCUCCGUUGCCGCAGCGAUCGAGCUUAGCCGGCCUGAGCCGACCGGCGUUACAGAGGAUCGCGAUGGCUCAGUCCAGAGCCCUCAUAGCGUCAGGAGUUCCCACCGUCCCAGUGAAGAACCUCAACGGAUCCAGUCCUGUUCACCCAGCACUGGCCGGUAUCACAGGGAUCCUGAUGAGUGCUGCUGCCCUCCCCGUGUGUCUGACCCGACCUCCUAAGCUGGUCCUCCAUCCUCCUCCUGUGAGCCGGAGUGAGGUGAGGCCGGUCCCAGGCUUCAGUCAGUGCUGCAGGAAGACGACCAAGAAACAGGCUCGAAAAGGGAAAACUCCUGAGGAGGUGGUGAAGAAGUACCUGCAGAAAGUAAAGAGCCCCCCAGAGGAGGACUGUACCAUCUGCAUGGAGCCUCUAGGGGGGCCGUCUGGAUACAAGGGUCCGGGGGCGGGGCCUGUGUCCAGGGCGGAGUCAGUGGGGCGUCUGGCCCAGUGUGGCCACCAGUACCACUUCCAGUGCCUGGUGGCCAUGUACAACAACGGCAACAAGGACGGCAGCCUCCAGUGUCCCACCUGUAAAACCAUCUACGGCGUGAAGACGGGCAACCAGCCGGCGGGGAAGAUGGAGUACCACGUCAUCCCCCACUCUCUACCGGGACACCCCGACUGUAAAACCAUACGCAUCAUCUACAACAUACCACCGGGCAUUCAGGGAACAGAGCAUCCGAACCCAGGGAAGCCCUUCACUGCCAGAGGCUUUCCCCGACACUGCUACCUCCCAGACAGCGAGAAGGGACGCAAGGUUCUGAGGCUGCUCCUGGUAGCGUGGGAUCGCAGGCUCAUCUUCUCAGUCGGUACUUCGAGCACUACGGGAGAGUCCGACACCGUCAUCUGGAACGAGGUCCACCAUAAGACGGAGUUUGGCUCCAACCUGACGGGCCACGGCUUCCCCGACCCCGGACACCUGGACAACGUCCUGGAGGAGCUGCGAGCUCAGGGCAUCACGGAGGACGAUGGACUGAUGGAAAAGUGAGAAAGAGGAGGAGAAGGAGGAGGAGAAAUGAGGAGCAGAUGAAGAGAAGUGGGCCUUACCGUGGAGGAAGAGACUGGGGACGACUCUCUCUGCCAGCACUUAGACGGGGGUGCAGAGGAGGGGGCGGGGGGAACAUUUCGGCUUCUGGGAGACAUUUUGUUUUCGCCGCUUUCCGAGAUGUUGAAUGAGUCAUUGCUGGAUUUGCCCGUCAAUGCAAAGCAGAGGAGCAGCACCAGGGGCGGGAGGAGGAGGAGGUUUGAGCAGCAUAGAAAGAAAAGCCAGGAGACGGGAGGAGAAUUAAAAGGAGGCUCGUGGUUUUAGCGACUAAUCCGAUAGGUACUUAAAUAAAAAAAAUAAAAAUAAAAAAAAAGUCGGUACUAAUAUUCAGGACAAAAAUAACAAGUUUACUUUACAGUGAGAGAAAGAGAAAUGAGAUGGUCAAAUGUUCGGGGAGUUUGGUAAAAACUGGGAGAGGAAGGACAAGGAAGAGGAAGAUGUUGGUGGGAUGGGAGGAGAUGACAGGAGGAGAGGGUGGCGCAGGAAGAAGAGUGGAAGAUGGAGCACGGACGUAGCAUAGCUGUAGGAGUAGAGUAAAACUAACUUGUGUGGUACUUCUUAGGCGUAAAAGAAACCAAGAGAUUGAGGAGUAGAAGGAGGGAGAGCUGGCUCCGUUCAAACCUCCUGCCUGACUGCUGCUGCUGCUGCUGCGCCUCCUUGUGGGUACGAAACAAAAAGAAAAUAAUCUCCACUUGUUUUUCAUGUAGUCCUCAUUUAACGUCAUUCCAUAUGUUGCCUUUUGUUUUUGUUUUUUUGUUUGUUUUAUACGAGCUAGACUGUUUAUUGAGUGUUAAAUGAUAGAAGACCAAACUGACGGCCUGCUCGUUUAGGCCUACGUGAAGUCUUACCGCCGAGGGUUCACGUUAACCUUAACCUCAUCAUGCUAAUUGUUUCUGACGGUUCCAGCGGAUACCGUUUAUAUUCUCCAACAGACCGGACAGAGGGUCAGAAAGCUGGAGAGGACAAGAUGCGAAUGAGUGAAUUUAACGUAAAGUCCACCCAUUUUCCUCCACUUAUCUGAGACCGAGUUGGCAGUAAACUUGAGUAAGGAAGGAAAUCGAGACGUCUCUUAUCCCUGGCAACUCAUUUGAUGAUGUUCCCAAGCCAGAUGAGGAGGAAUAUAAUCCCUCUGGUGGAUUCUCCUUCCAUCCUGGAGGAAUCUUCACCUUCAUCAGCCACCACAACCGGUCGCUUUCAACAGAAAGGAGCAUUGACUCUACUCCUCUAAUCUCGAAGGCUAAUUUCAACCCCUAGUAUCUGUUCUUUCAGAUUCUACCAAAAGUUUAAGUUUGGAACAUAGCCAGUAAUUCAAAAGCCUUUGAAUUGGAGACCGAUAUGGAUUUUUUAAAGGGCCAAUACCGAUCAGCCUUGGCCGAAACAUGCUGCCAUAUAUAUACACAUACAUACAUCAGUCAAUCUCUACUUUGAAUCUACGGUUAAGCUCCAUCUUCAUCAACGCGGUCAACCUCAGAUCGAACAUUUAAAAUCAUUUGCAAAGAAAACUUCUCUUGAUACUUUGGUUUGCUUGGAUUAAUGGAAACACAGCUCCUUUGAUAUGUGGCCAUUUCUUUUCUUUUUUUGUGCAUCUACACUCACUUGCCAGUUUAUUAGGUACAGUAGUGAAAAAAGUCCUGCUCUAAAUCUUGUCUUCGUGAAGGUAUUCAGGAUUAGUUCCACUUAAGGCUCUUUUACAGUUAUAUUUUAACUUACAUACGUAGCCUACGCUGGUUUGAAACACUUCUACUUGUACCUGUCACUCUGUGACAACUCCUCCCAAACACUAGUUGGCGCUGCGUCUUUUUUUGCCAGUCGAGUUGUCGGCCCGAACACGAGUCGUGUAAAUGUCUGUAUCUCAAAACCUCCUCAGUUAACCUUGCCCAUUCUUUAUUGAUCCACAAUAAUAAAACAAUUCAAUUCAAUUCAGUAGCAGAGAUGAAGAGUUCCCUUCAGUUUAACAGAACGGCCAUUGAAUUGCCGUCUUUCUGAUGCUGUUCCAACACUUACUUAUUUGGUACGAUACUGGGCUAACGAUAUGAUUUUUUUUGCUUGCAGGCAAACUGUGACUGAAAAAGUUUCCUUUAACUAUUUCUCAGACCAAAACCACAUUCCUGAAGUUGGAUGUAACUUCAAAACUCUUCAAAACUAAUAUAUUAAAAAGAAAAAACAUACAUAUUUAUAUAUAUAAAAACUACUAAUUCUCUACACAAAUUAAAGAUCUUUAUAUUCUUUUUAUGUAGUGAUGUAUGAUGCCGAUCAAGUGAACUCAAAACUAGAUUACGCUGAUUUGAAUCGUCACACAUUUACAUGCCUCGUUACAUCCCUGUUAUUUGGAUCAGAGUGCAUUCACUAAUGUACCUAAUAAACUGGCCGCACCAUCAUGCUCUGCGUUUCCAUCAGGUUGAAAACCUCCUGCUUAAACCUGCACCACAAAACAUUAAAGAUCUCUGUUACUAGAAACGUCAGCGGCCUAAAGUUCUGUUGCAGCUGCAGCCUCUUGCUUCCCUCGCAGAGGCUCAUGGGAGCUGUAGUGCUGAGACUCCCCCAUGUUUCACUCCAGUGACGGAUAACUGGAGGGAAGAAGCAGAGACGGAAUAAAAGAGCUUUAAUGUCAUCGAUACGUUGGAUUAUUGGUCUUACCUCUUCUUACCGACUGAUGCCCAGUCUCUGAGUUGGGUCUUUAAAUGACCCCUUUAAGGUUACGACUGUAUAUGUGUGUGUGUACUGUGUAUACUACCAACACACUCCCAGUUUAGACUUUUAUUUUGCUACUCUGUGGGAAUCACGUCCUGGACGUCCUGACGUCUUUUAUUAUGUUUUUUUGUUUGUUUUUUUUAAAUGAAUUCUAGGUACACCUUUUGCUUUCUAGUAGCAUUUUGUUCUCUCACUAUCAUAGAGUCAUUUAACCCCCCCACCCUUAUUUUGUACAUGUUUUUCAUGACUUGUUUACAAAGACAGUGUUAUUAAAUAAUGUCUUUAUUUCUCUCUGCGUACAGAUGUUAAGCUGAUUUACUCCCUCUUUUCUUUGGAAAAGGAAUUUGAUGGUAGACUUUUUUCUUUUUCUUUUUUUUAUCUGAGUGGGAAAAUUUAAUAGAAAUACACGUUUCUGUUUUCCACAUAUCAUGUGUCCUGCCAGUUUUUUGUCCGUCCCUCAUUUAGCAGCAAAUUAAAAAGAAAAAUGAAAUGUCUUAAAACUCAUAGCCUGGCUCAAACGCUGCAAACAAAUUGAUUCUGUGUGGUCAAACUUAAAAGUUUGCGAGUUUUAUUUGUUCUAACUGAGGUAAUCUGAUUUUUGGCACUGAUUCAUGCCGCGUGUCUGAGCCCAGGACAACAUUUCUUCCCCCUUCACCUCCUGGCCAUGUGUGUCUUUUGUCCUCUUUGUCUUUAAGAGGUGAGGACAGGGAAGAUGUGAAGGUGCCUGCAGGGACGAGACAGAGAGCAGCAGAAACAUGAAACGUGUAAAUACUGCAAAUUAAUUGCUGGAGUGUGAAUGAUUAAUACAAGGGGGAGGGAGGGGAAUAAAGAAUGAAUGAAACGUA